GAGUGUACGUUCUUUCCUUGAUAUAUAUGUUAAAAUGUAAACUAAAUCAUCGGCGUUUUAUGAAAAUCUAUCAACAAAUCUAGUUUGAAUUUCCGGGUGUAUUAAAUUAGAAUAAGAAUAAUGUCAGAGUGUGAUUAAUCUAGAUUUAGAAUAAAGGAAAAAAUGGCGAAAGAUACCAAGUGAACAAAUUAUAAAUCAAGAGAAACUGACAACUCAUUUGCAAAAAAGAAAAGACAGACGACGAAACGAUAAACACGUUCACAUAGCCCUCAACAGAAAAUUAAAACAACACAAACCAUAUAAAAACCGGAGGUGAUCUUAGUUGCUCCGGAAAGUUAAGCAAAUCCUUCUUCACUAGUGACACCAAUCAUGUAACAAAUGACGAAGCCUUUAAAACAGAAGCUGUUAUAUUUAGCUUCAUGUAUCCUGUUACUAUUUUCCGUUUACGUUCUUCUCAGACAGCUGUUUGAUAGCUCAAGGGUAACAAAUUUACCAGUUCCUUUAUACAGGAGAAACAUGUCAACAACACAUUUUGAUAGAGUUACAAGGAAAAAGAAGGGGUCAAUAUGUCCUAUUUUACAAGGUGGUCUCGGAAAUAGAUUGUUUCAAUUUUCUACUUCGUUUGCUGUUGCAAGGACUAAACAAAUGGAGCUUAUCGUACCUCCCGAUGCUGAAAUCCGGAAAGUGUUCGAAAUUAAUGUGACAUCCAAUAAAUCAAAAGGCUUAUGCAAGGGGUUUCGAAAAGUUUUAGAUAAAGCAUCUCCGACAUACAACAAAAGUUUACUAAAUUUUAGUUCUGAAGAUAACAUUCAACUAGGAUAUGGACUUCAGUCAUGGAAAUAUUUUCACAUGUAUGAUAAGGAGUUACGGAAGCAAUUAACAUUUCGAAAGCAUAUUCAGAAUACUGCAGAACAGACCAUUUGGAAAAUACUACAGAGACGGAAGAUUAAGUCUCGCAAAAGUAUUACUUUGGUAGGUGUUCAUAUAAGGAGAGGUGAUAAGGUAGGAAACCAUGACGGAUUUAAUAUUGCAACACCCAAUUAUUUAAACAGAUCUGUGAACUAUUACGCUAAAAGGUAUGCAACUGUUAUAUUUCUAGUUAUAUCAGAUGGCAUGGCUUGGUCUAAAAAUAAUAUGCCUUCUCAUGUUCCUGUAGAAUUUAUAUCCUUAGGGAAAAGAGAAUUUGAUAUGGCAACUGUCGUUGCUUGUGACCAUACAAUCAUGACAAUAGGAACUUUUGGCUGGUGGAUUGGUUAUUUAACUGGUGGAAAAGUGGUUUACGUUAAAGAUGCUGCAAAAAAGGGUUCACGAUUUGAACGCAUACUUAAUUUUGAAGACCAUUUCUAUGCAGAAUGGGUAGGACUUUAAUCAAUAAAUUUUUGACAAAUUUUGUUUUAAUGUGCUAUAUAUCUUAUGCAAACAUAUUGGGUAUUAAGCAUUACUGACCUUGAACGUCUUGUGAUUCAACUUUUGGAAAACUGCAAGAGGAAAAAAAAAACGAAAUACAUAAAAGUGCCUUAAAACAAUAAGUUUUCUUAGAAAAUGAUCAGUAAUAACAUAGUGAACCAUCGAACUGUCAAGAUUAUUUAAAAUGCAGUUAUCGUCAUUAAUGUACAUUUGUUAUUGUCAAGAUAUAGAGAUACAAAAUUUGCUCAUUUGACAGAUCUCCCAACACGUGUUCGAAAGCAGUAGUUCACCGUUUUCUCCACCACUGUUUUUAUGCAUUAGUUGUGACCCUAGCAGGUGUUUGCUGAGCUAUUUCUAUGACUUUUCAUAGAUCUCUAUGUUAAACUGUGUUCCAUGGUGACAUCAAUCAAGGAUUUUUAGAUAAGUAGCAAAAGCUCAAAAAUAGCAAAAUGCAGGGUUCAAAAUUAACUUUUUUCAAUAACCUGCCAUUCGGGCAUAUAACUAUGAUAUAUUACUUAUCCUAAGGAGAUAACCACUUUUUCAAAUUGUGUGCAUGCGUAAGAAAUUUCUACACUGUCAUUUAUGGACAUAAACUCAUGUAAAAUUCAGCUUUCAGUUUUUUCCUUUGAGGCCCGCCAAAAAGUUCUCCAGAGUCAGUUGUCAUGCCAUCUUAAAUCGCAGGGGCUCGUCGAGAAGUGUCUUUAAAACAUAAUGUUAUAUCUAUCAAAUGAUAACACUAGAAAUAAAACAAUUUUUCCUGGAA